GUCCGUGGAGCUGGCGCCGGAGUCUGGCGGGUCGCUGACCCCUCCGCUCGCAGUUUUGGCGACGAGGUGCCGAGUCAGAUUCUCUCGGACGCGACUGCCUUCAUGACGCCCGACGCCGCCAGCGAUAAGGAUUACAUCAGCGGGCUGGUUUUGAUCGACAAAUUCUGGACGUUCUGCCAGCUCGUGAACGACGAGGAUAGAGACGCCUGGGAGAGCGCGCUGGUUUCGGGCCACAAGCGAGACUCUCGGGUCACUGGAGACGUGUGGGGCCCAAUCAAAGGACAGCGCUUCUUGUCCUUCACCGAGUCGCUGGGCCUGCAGCGCACCGCCCCUCAGCCACCCUUUCCGCUGGGGGGUCAGCGGGCGGCGCAUGAGUUCACGCGGGCCCUGCGUGCGACGGGCAUGGAGCGGGUCACCCACCAUCUGGACUUCGAUCACAAGUCGGGCAUCUCGCCCAACAGCAACAUCACGCGUGCGCACCGUCGGAUCACCGACGCCCUGCACGACUUCCAGCAGCAGGACCAGCUGAAACUCCCGAGCCUCGCAGGCGUCGAGGUUAUCGUGCGGUAUCUGGUGCAGAUCGAGUUGGCGGUGGGCCGCAAACCUCGGAGUCCAGACUUCCAGGACUUCGACGCUGUCGUCGCGCCCACCGUCACCGAGCAUUGCGGCCUAUUCCUGUCGGAGCACUCGAAGCACACCGCGCAGAUCCAGAAGGGCGAGGCCGCGGGCAAGGGCGCGAUGGCGGACGAGGGCGCGACGGUCGAGGCGACCCCUCGCCUGUCGCUUGGGUUGCGGAGAGGUCGCGCUCGCGGCGACCCUUUCCCUCUGCCACUGCUAGACAGAACGACGCCGACGGGGGCGCUGCCUGGGGGCAUCUCGUCUGGCGUGCGGUGGCGGUGCAACCAGACCAUCAUGGCGUUGAACGACCUGGGCGCGCCGCUGGUGGCAGCGCGGCGUCUCGCCUCCGCCUUCGCGGUGAACGCUGCCCAAGCAUCAGUGCUACAGCGUGGUCAUCAGCGAGUGGCCGCUUUCGGCGAUCCCCUCGGCGUGGACGGCGACGAAGCGCUUCUGACCCUUCUGAAGACCAAAGACAUGUAUAGCGCUCGACCGACACCAGUUCGGUCCUACGAGCCGCACCUCCUCAAGGUUCUCGACAGCGGCAUUCGGCCGCUACCCUUCCGCUCGCUGGCGCCUGCCUCGCUGCUGCCGCUGAUCGAGCAGCCAGAGCGUUACCUAUACCGCUCGCAAGCCGUCCUGGACACCAUGGUCGAGGCUGGCGAGCUUGCCCCAGCGCGCCCGUUCUGGGGCGCCAACCUGCGCGGCGACCCGACCUUGCGCCUCGACCUCUCCAUGGAGCUCAUGCGCAUCGGCAUUUUCUUCGUCGGCAAGAGAGACGGCACGCUUCGGAUGGCGAUCGACGGCAGGGGGCCCUCGGCCAUGCACCGCCGGCCUCCUCGCACUGAGCUGGGGUCCGCGGCCGCCCUCAGCGGCCUCUGCCUUGACGGCGGUUUGCUGGGCAACAGCGACUCGGGCCACCACGGGGCUAGUGCUGACCUCCGCCAAGGGUUCUACCAGAUGCGGUGGCUCGAGGUCGGCAGCUGGUUCUGCUUCGACUGCCCGAUGGCCGUUCGCAACUUCGACACCGACUGCGUCUACGACGAGGCGAGCCGCGAGCACGUGCUCGUCGACCCAGACACCAUCGUGCACCCGUGCUUCCAGGGGCUCGCCAUGGGCUGGAGGCGGUCGCUCUUAAUCUGCAACGCCAUCGCCGAGGAUGUCACGCGCAUCGGCAUUGGCCAGGUGCUCUCCAUCCCCGCCAGCGACGCGAGGAUCGUAUCCGAGCGGGCCCCGUGCGCGCGACUGGUCCCAGGCGACCCGGCUGGCUCCUCUUGCGUGGGCAAUUCGAACGCGGCGGGCUCGCCCCGCACCCUAGUCGACGCUGCUCUGGAGGCCAUCCUGCGUGAGUUCGAGAGACGGGGCUUAUCAUGCCACGAG